CAUACUGCAUAGUGUCAAACCGCCUUCCGCAGCUAUUAUCUGUUCGAUACGUCUGUCUGUUGGACGUUGAAGCGUACCACCGUGCCUACCGUCUAUCGUCCGCACAGCCGCACGUCCGCAAUAAGUACGUACCUACGAUCUAAUUUUUUGCUCGGCGUGUUGUUUGUAUUGUUAAUCUGUUUACGUUUAAUUGCUAUUUUUACAACCGACCAUUGUGCCGUUGUGCGCAGCGUUCGCUGUUGCCCGUCCCGUCAUUGUUAUUUACCAUCACCAGGUCGAGCCGCAUUAGUUCUGCUCGGCGCGCUUUGUUUCGCGUUUUGUUUGUGUCGUCCAAUUCGUUUUGUCCGCCGCGCCAUUAGUCAUACGCCAUUACUCGUAGUCUUGUUUCACCGUCUGCUCCGAAUUCACGUCUGUUUUUCUUUUCUUUGUUUUUUUUUUUUUUCCAGUUUUGCCAUUGUUGGUAAUUUCUUUUUCGUUCCGUUUCGAACAACAAGCCGGCGAACAUCAUGUUCAAACUGGCAUUACUCGGCGUCGCCGUUCUUUUCACGGCCAGCCAAAACGGCGUUCAAGGAAAAAUGACAUGUUAGUGUGCAAAACUCUAUACGUUUUAUUAGUUAUUAUUUUAUUGGCUAUUAUUAAUCGCACUGUUGUUUUACAGGUAAACUACCUCAGGUUGUAAUUCCCGAUGAUUGGAUCACAAUGGUUGACCCUUGCGUGAAAAAAAUGAAAGAACAAGUUCAAGAAGAACUCACAGCCGCCAUGACUUAUUUCGCCAUGGUAAACAUGUUUUGAAUCUAUAUAAUUUUUUUAAUGAGUACAAUUAUUGUGUUUCAUGAAAGUGUCUAUUUAACCUUUGGUCGUUUUAUUAUUAUUUCUUUAAAUCGAAUACAUUUUUUUUUUUUCUCAAUACCAAGACAUUAGGCACUUUAAUUCACAAGGCUUAUCUAAUUAUACAUCAUUAUUUUAAAUUACUUUCACUUUCUAACUCGACCAUAUUAAUUGUAGCUGUCAAUGCUCUCUAUUGUGAUAAAGAAAAUGUUCACUAUUAAAAUCAAUAUAUUCAAUUAAAAAAUAUAACUCGAAAUUCACAACAUUAUAAAGUUGAUUAAACAACACCAUUAGUUGAUAUUUUACAGUCGUAUUAUUUUGUAUUACUUAUGUAUUUUUAGGGAGCACAUUUCUCCAAAGAUACAGUUAACCGUCCGGGUUUCGCUAAAAUCUUUUUUGAAAGUGCCAGCGAAGAACGUGACCAUGCAAUUAAAAUCAUUGGCUAUUUGUUGAUGCGAGGUGGUUUAACUAAGGAUAUUGCUCAAUUGAUUCGUGACCCUGUGUGUAUAAUAAUGAAUUUAAAAAUUUAUACUUGUGUGGGUAAGUUUAUUUUACUGAUUUAUUUAUUUCUAUUUAAUAGCAACCUUUGUCCGAAACGUGGGCCGAUGGUUUAAGUGCAUUGAAGGAUGCAUUAAAAUUAGAAGCACAUGUUACACGUAAAAUAAGGGACAUUGCUUCCACUUGUGAAGAACCCGGCCGUGAUGGACAAGACUUCAAUGAUUAUCAUGUAAGUGUUUCACUACAAAUAGAUACUUCUGCCAAUUCAAACACUGCUCAUUUAUCAUCAGUUAAACGGUAUCAUUAAUAAUUUUAUUACAAUUGUGAAUAGUUGGAAAAGUGCUUUGAUAAAAUUUCAUAAUUAAUAACCAUACUAUGUUUAUUCUUUUUGAUUUUGUUGUAUACAUUAUCAAUUUGAUUAGUGCCUAAAAUCACUUUAGUUUCAUUAACUUAAACCAGCAUAUAUAUUAAGUAGAUUCACAACAUGGAUAUAUGUAGUACUUGGGAAUUAUUAUUAUUAUAAUAUGAAUAUGAUUAUUAACUUGUUUACUGUAUUAUCUCUGAAAAAUAAUCUUAAGUAUUUUUAAACAAAGAAGGUGUAUAUCUAUGAACAAAAAAAAAAUUGCCAAGAUUUGAAAAUUAUCAUUAGAAUUUUGAUAUUUGUAUUAUUAAACAGCUCUUAUUAAUUAAUUAAAUUCAUUGGCGUUAUAGUUGAUACUAUUUAUGCUAUUAGUACCUCUUUAUUAUUGUUAUUUAUUUGGGUACCCACUUCUAGUACCCAUAUAAUAUAUAAAACACUGCAUAAGAUAUUUAUAUAGAAUUUUUCUAUAGAUUUAAUCAAUUUGAUUUUACAAGUAUUGUAACUGACUGUAUUUAUGUUUGUUUCUAAGUACUUGAUUUUAUUUUAAUCAUUUUUAGUUGGUGGAUUAUUUAACUGGAGAUUUCUUAACCGAACAAUAUGAAGGUCAACGUGACUUGGCAGGUAAAAUUUCUAAUCUUGGUAAAAUGUUGGAGUCCCACGGAGCUCUUGGCGAAUUCCUCUUCGACAAAAAACUUUUAAAUGGAAAUUCAGUUUAAUCUAACUUUUACAAACCACAAACCUUCAAAUUAUAUUUUAUUAUGCCAUAUAUCAAAUUAUUAUAUUUAUAGUUAAUAUUUAUACUUAUAUUAUAUUGAAUUUAUUUUAUUAUAUUUUCCUUAAUUUAAUAAUGUACUUUAUCAACAUAUAGUUUAAAUUAGAAAGAUUCAUUAAAAUUGAAAAAAAUUGCCAUAUUGUAUUACAUGAGUUUCAGAUUUUUCUAUUGUACUGUAAGAUAAAAUUACUAUUUAUUUUUUAAAUAUGUGUUAUUUAUGUUACAUUAUUAUAUACCAUACCUAAUUAUAUAUUUUGUAUUCUUUGGUAUUAUUUUAUAGAUAAAAUAAUUAAAAACAAAAAGCUAUUGAAUAA